CCAAGCCAGUCCCAGAAUGGCGUGGUUUGCGCUUUGGUUGCCCUGCCUGUAACUUGUCCAAUUUAGCCAGCGUUGGGUGUCUAGCAUAGGCCCAUCACGCCCAGCCGUGUGUUUUAUCAAUUAGAAGUGUCCCACCGCGUCUUCAACUUGCAUUUUUGCGAAAAAACGCUUCUACCAACCGAAAAUCAAGUAGGCCGUGUGACCAUAUCGAUUUGUGAGUGUGUAUGUGUGUAAAGCACGGUUCACAUCGUACAAUAAACGCUAGUAGUGUCGUCCAACCAACAAUGAACGUAGGAUUUAUUCCGAUGGACCGCAAUAAUGACAACUGAGGUGAACCAGAAUUUAAAAACGGAAUACGUUCAAAACUCGGCACAGGAAAACAAGCCCACCCCCUCGCCGCUCGCGCUGCUGGCCGCGACCUGCAGCAGGAUCGGACCCACCUCGAGCGAACCGACGCCUCCCACCAUCACCAUGUCCAGUACGCCUACCCCCGUCAAGAACGUGCCCGUGGCCAGUCCCCAGGUGGUCAGCGUGCCCGUAGGCCUGCCGCAGCAGAUCUCACAGCAGUUGCUGCAGCAGCAGGGCGCGCAGAUCGUCAGCGCCGCCGCGGCAGCAGCAGGACAGAACUUGGCCUACAAUGUCAUGCAGCCGAUGCAGACGGUCACUGUCGACGGACAGGAGGCGCUUUUCAUUCCUGCGAUGUCGCUUGCAGGUGGCCAACAGCCGCAGCAGCUCUUCAGUCCCGGCCAAAUAAUCCGUGCCCCCGGUGUGCUGCCGACCAACCUCCAAACAGUGCAGCUCUCCAACGGGCAGAGUGUAGCCGUACGGCCCACAAUGCCCCAAGUGGUCCAAUUUCCAAUGCAACAGACCAUCCCUAUCCAAGUGCCGAUCUCGUCAGGCAACGGCCAAACCAUCUACCAGACGAUUCAUUUUCCCGUUCAAUUGGCCACAGCGGCUGUUCCGAACAUCAUUCAAGCCCAACACAUCAUGCCUCAAGUCGCGAGUAUUAUCACCCCCAGCGGCCAACUCCAGCAAGUACAGAUUGCGACGUCGGUGGCGGCGCCUGCACAAACCCCCACCUCUGUUUCGCAAAGCGCCACCGUCCAAUCCGACGUCACAACGCCGUUGACUUUCACAGGAGCUAACGGACAACAGUUUACUGUUAUACCGGCCACUAACUUACAACAAGUGAGGGGGACCAACAUUAUUCAAGUUCCUAAUAUUCAAACAAUACCAACGGUGCAAAAUAUACCAGGUCUGGGUAACGUGCAAGUAAUCGCGCAACCAACAGCCGCAUCACAACUCGCCGUAGGCCAACACAUCCAGCAGGACCCCAACGACCCCAACAAAUGGCAAGUGAUCCCCAACGUGACCACAACGCAACAAACUACAGCACCACUCACUCCCGGAGUCGUGGUGACCGCCAACCCUCCCGAAAUAAACAAUUCGACUCCAGUCGGGGAAAACGGCCAAGACGGUUUACAAAAACAGCGUGUUCGGAGGGUGGCUUGCACGUGUCCCAACUGUCAAGAGGGCGAACGACACGCCGAUCGCAAGAAACAACACAUCUGCCACAUCCCGGGAUGCAAUAAAGUGUACGGAAAAACAUCACAUCUCAGAGCGCACCUUCGGUGGCAUACGGGCGAAAGGCCGUUUGUGUGUAGUUGGCUGUUCUGUGGGAAGCGCUUCACGCGCUCAGAUGAGUUGCAAAGACAUAGGAGGACACAUACUGGGGAGAAGCGCUUCCAGUGCAACGAAUGCAGCAAGAAGUUUAUGAGGUCGGAUCACUUGUCCAAACAUCUCAAGACGCACCAAAAGCAGAGGAUUACGCGGAUUAAUGGAGACGACAUUGACGAUGUUCACGAAGAAAAAGAUGAGUGGGAUGACGCCCAGUCGGACGAGCAAGCAAAACCUAUGUGGAUUACAGACAAUAAAAACAAUAUUAAAUACGAAAUCACUCAAGUUAAUUACGCACAGGAAGCUGCAACGUCGACACAGUCUGCAUCGUCGGAUAGCUCGAGUGAAGAAAAAAUGAUGAUUACGAUCAGCACGUCUGAAGCCGAUGAACUGAUCAUUGCUGAUCCGCUUGAUAGCUGAGCUUCCAUCUACUUAAUCGAGUCGGAAAAACUGUAAAAAUUGUUUAGUUAUGUUUGAACGUUUGUACAAACUCUGUAUAAAGUUUUUACCUUGAAUAUAUAGUUUAUUUUGUAAA